AUUCAUUUGCCUUGCAACACACACACUCUUUGUUGAGCUUUCGAUUCUUUCACCCUGCCGCACUGCUGGCAUUUGUCUUUACAACUACCCAAAAUCAUACUCGACCGGUUCUUCUGUGAAGACGACGUUGUAUCCGACCUGGACACCUCUCUUUCCUAGCAAACUUUACAUUUCAAAUCCUCAGCCCUACAAACAUGCGUUUCUCAACUUAUACCACUGCAAGCGUCUUGGCAACGCUGGCCACUGCCCAGACCUUUACAGAUUGCAACCCCAUGGAAAAGACUUGUCCCAAUGACCCAGCCAUGCCCCAGACGUGGGAGACCGACUUCACUGCCGGAAAGGAUGCCGUCAAGGGCUGGAAACAGACUGCUGGUAGCCUCACCUAUGGACCCGAUGGAGCCCAGUUCACCAUAGCUAAGAAGGGGGACGCACCUACGAUUGGUUCGCUGGGAUACUUUCAUUUUGGUUACGUCGAGGUGGUCAUGAAGGCAGCCCCUGGUGUAGGCAUUGUCUCGUCUAUCGUUCUCGAGUCCAACGACUUGGAUGAGGUAGACUGGGAAUGGAUCGGCGGUGUUGACAGCCGGGUCCAGCAAAACUACUUUGGCAAGGGCAACACCACCACCUUUGACCGCAUGAUUGAGGCCGAUGCCGCCAACAACCAAAAAGAUUUCCACAAGUACGCUCUCAACUGGACGGCCGAGUCCCUUACCUGGAUUAUUGACGACAAGCCUACGCGCACACUCAAAUUUGCCGAUGCAAACGGCGGAAAAACCUACCCUCAGACCCCUUGCAAUGUCCGUCUCGGCAACUGGGCCGGUGGUGAUUCAGAUAACGAGGGUACCCGCCAGUGGGCUGGAGGAAACGUCACUUACGCCAAUGCGCCAUUCACCAUGACUGUUAAGAGCGUCAAAGUAACAAACUACUCUCCUGGCAAGGAAUAUCAGUGGACCGACAAAUCCGGCACCUUCCAGUCAAUCAAAGUCGUUGAUGCUGGUAACAAACAGGGUGCCGCUGUCAACAGUGCCCCCAUGAACGCCACAGCUCCAGGCACUUCGAACAACAACAUUGGCACGGGCGUUGAUACACCCGGCGUCAGUGGUGUGGCUGGCAACGGCACCAACAAGGCAACCCCUUGCGCAUGCGGCACCGCCUAUGUGACUGUGACUGGUGCUCCUCCCGCCAUCACCAACGCGCCUCCCGCGACCUUCACCACCGCAUACCCCGCCAUUCCUCCCCAGAGCAUGAAGAGCAUAAACCCUAAAUCAUCCGCUUCUUUCGCCACCACCGGCCUGGCAAUCGACACCAGGUCUGCGCCAGGCGUCAUUGUUCCAUCUGCUCCUACUGGCGCCAUUCCUCAGCCAGUGACCAACGGUACUGCUAGUGCUAAGCCUCCCCAGUUCACAGGCGCAGCAAGCCACGUCAAGGCUGGCGGCAUCUUUGGUGCUGUGGCUGGAGCCGUGCUGCUCGCCUUAUGAGUCGACCUUUGAGACGACAGUGUGUGAAGUAGACUGUUUUCGGAUUAGAAAUAAACGUUCUUUUUUCUUCUCCUUCUCUUCUUGUAAAUAAUCAAACUGGCUUAAUUGCCUUGGGAUAAAAUACACGUGUCAUGGCCAUGUGUGCGACGUUUCGUUUUUUUCUUCGUGUUAGAUCUUCGUUUCUUUUUUUUUCUUUUAUCCGUUUACUUAUAUUUGUUGACGUUUUGUUCUUUGAACAUGGAUGAAAUGACAAGCACGGGACAGGUAAGUACACAUUAUACACCCGUGGGCGAAUGACACGAAGAGGAAAAAACAUGCAUACCCAUCUCGGGGGCUUUUGGGG